AUGACUUUCACCACCACACGAUCCACUGAUUCCUCCGAACCAGUAUCAUCAUCAUACACCAAUCAUGACCAAGAGGAUCCUCUUCAUUAUUUUAAAAUUGAUUUAUUUCAACCUGAAGUGCAAGAAUAUUUGGUACAAGUGAUGGAAUUGAAGGAGGAUGGAGGAGAGUGCUUGAAAAAGGCUUUACAGACACCUCCGAAUAUUUCAACAGUACGAGUGAAUAUGUUGCACUUUAGAAAAAAUUCAAUGGAUGAAAAGAAGAGUAAUGACGAAAUCAUGGAGCAAGUGAGAAAGAAAUUAAGCGAAAUUUUGGAGCACAAGUAUGAAGUGAAGAGAGAUGAAAAUGUACCAGAUUGUUUAACUGUAGGUAAAAUGUUGGAAAUAUACCUUGUUUUGGAACAACAUGGUGGAUUGACAAUUGUUAUUGCAAUAUUUAGAUACCUGUAA